AUGGGGCAGAACCGCGUUGAUGUCACCAUUGGGGUGGCUGCCUUCACGCUCACCGUGGCUACGGCAGCGGUGGCCUUGAGACUUUGGACGCGAAAGACCAUCGUCAACCGGCUUGGCAUUGACGACGCCUGCGCGGCCAUAGCUCUUACAUUCUACGUAUCCAUCGUCAUGUACAACGCCUCGCUCAUGGCCAUCAAAAUGACAUUCCUCAGCCAGUACUUCCGCAUCUUCCACCACGCCAGCAGGAAAAUCGUCAAGAUCUUCAUCGGCUUCACCGUCUUUGUGGGCCUGUGGUCCCUCUCCCAGCUCGUCGUCGCCAUCUUCAUGUGCGAUCCCAUCAGCGGGUACUGGGACAAGUCCAAGCAAGCCCGCUGCAUCCCCAACCAUCCGUUCUGGGAAAUCAACGCGGCCGGCAACAUCCUCACCGACAUCAUGAUCUUUAUCCUCCCGAUCCCGAUCCUCAAGACGCUGAACCUCCCGCGUCGACAGAGACACAUCCUUAUCGGCAUCUUUGGCCUCGGCUUCUUCACCGUGUGCAUUUCCCUCGUCCGCAUCCGAUUCCUCCGCCAAUACGAAGACUUCACCUGGGAAAACGUCGAAUCCUCCGGCUGGUCCAUGGGCGAGCUCGCCUCCGGCCUCACCUGCGCGUGCCUCCCCACCCUCCGACCCCUCAUCGCCCGCUACGCCCCCUGGAUGUCCACCCAAUCCACCCCCGCCGGCUCGUCCUUCCGCCGCGGAAGCACCAGCGGCAAGGACACCGAGCGCGGCAUCCUCGGCAGGGCCAGCAGCUCCCGCGGCGGUUCGAGCGUGCGCGUCCACAACCACCCGCCCCCGGUCUCGGCCGCCAACUGGCCUCUGCCCAUGGUGGACACGCCCGGCGUCACCAACCCCGUCGUGCAGCGCAUGGAUAGCGGGCCCGACGCGACUCGGAUCGACGGCGUGGUCAUGUCCGGGCCUAGCUCCGCGAGGUCGUCAGUCGAGAGAAUCCGCCAGGGCGCCUCUGCCCGGCCCUCGCUGGAGAAGAAGAGGUCCCAGCCGGGUCUUCUGCAGCCACCGCAGGCUCAGCACCAGCAGCGUCAUCAACCCCGUCGCCGGCAGGUCGCCAGGCGCUGCAGAGGCCGAAUCUCGAGGGCAUGCGUCAAGACUCGUGGCUAG